GCGAAGAAGAAGAAGAAGAUAUCCGGACUACUUUUGUGUUUACUUCCGUGGUGUUUGGGUCAAAACAUGCUUUAAAGAUCUAGUUAGCUGAUGAAUAUUAACAUCUCCGCACUGUAGUUGUUUCCAAAAACUAUAUAAAAUCAACAGUUGUUUUUUUUUUGUGACAAUGUGCAACGGCUGCGUGCAAAAAGAAUUCCCCGACCGGGGCCACACUUGUUUGGAGGAUGGCUCCUAUCUGAUGAACUACCUGGGCUGUGCCAGCUGCAACCACAGAGACUUCGUGGUGGUCGCCAAUAAAGUCGGGGAGGAUUACGACGGAGAGGAGGUCGUCACCUAUGACCAUCUUUGUAAAAACUGCAACCACGUCAUCGCAAGACAUGAAUAUACAUUUGCUGUUGUUGAUGAAUAUCAGGAGUACACAAUGCUUUGCAUGCUGUGUGGUAAAGCAGAGGACUCCAUUAGCGUGUUGCCAGAUGACCCUGGACAGAACACCCCGCUCUUCUAGACCAGACAAUACACCAAAAGUGUAGAUAACCAUUUCUGUCAGAAUAAUUGUAUCUAAGUUAUCACAAAACUUUGUGUUGCCAUGAGUUCCCGGCGAGAAGACAAAACCUCCACUGUGUAGGAUGGGGAGCGACAUGAGGGUUCUGUUUCUUUGAUGUAUUGUAAUCCACAGAAAGAUUUUGUCUUCACCCGAGAACUACAAAGCGGAAAGGAAGCAAGACUAGACUCCCCUCCAGGCGACCUCUUCUUUGAACUGUUUUACGACCUUUUCUUUGAACUGUUUUAAUCAAAGGCGAUGGCUGUUUACGACCCCCCUCCCUUAAAAAAAAGCUGUUACCAUGUAAUCAGGAAAAGUCCAAAUAAAAGAGGAGGCGUACAAUCUUUCGUCAGAGCGUGGAACACUGUACAAGGGUAGAGAUGUACGCGUUUCUCCUCAUUGAGCCAAAUUGAAUUCUGUCUGUUUAAUUCCUUGCUUCUUGUCUUGUUUAAUAGAUGCCCUCAGUGUUUGAACCUGAACCAGGCAAAAUCUGCUAUGCUUACUCUAAUCACUUCAUACACAUGUUUUUAAGUACAGUAUGUCUCCUUUUUAAAAAGAAAAAUGGACCAGUCCAGUCACGUAUGAAUGAUAGCCCUAUAUUGUUGACAUAUGCACUGUAAACAAAGUAGGCCUCCCUGCAUGUGCAGGAAAUAAAG